AUGUUUAGGUCGGUAUCUCAACGCGAGGUGCGACGCCUAUUCUUAUUUUUACGGGCAUCUUGCGAUAAGAGUUCCACGUGGAGCAGACUCUUCAUGAAAGUGUCACGCGUUGUGUGGCUCGAUGUUAAGUUACGAGAGGAACCGUUGAGAAUAUAGGAAUAGUAUUGGGAACGAAAUAUGGUCGAUUUACAAUGAUAAGUAUUUCAAAAUAUGAACAUCUUUCACGUAAAAUCAAUAGAACUUACUAACAUCUUGUGUUUCCGUCGUGAUUUCCGGCUUUCUCUGCCGUUUUAAGCUUGCUUUGCCAUUAAUGCUAUUCCUGCUAUAAGAUGAUGUCAAGGCUGAACACUACGAUUUCGACUGUUGUCCACGCGGAGGCGGUUUGCGCAUCGAAAAUCCUCCCGAUCGGCAUUUUUAUCACCCUAAGUUUACGAUCUAAAAUCCUGUUAUAUGUCUCAAUACCAACACUACCCGCGCAUUACGCUGAAAACGAGCGUUUUCUGUCAUUUCCAAGUUCGCCUCUCUCUGGCUAUUCUCUUGAUGACCAGAAAGGACACGACCGCAGAAGAGACUUGCGUACG